GGGCCCCGCGCGUUCCUUCGCGCCCUUCCGCGCCGCUCGCGCUCCCGCCGGCCUCCGCCCCCGCGCGCCACCUCCUACCAGCCCCGAUGCAGGCGCCCGGCCGGGGGCCACUCGGGCUGCGGCUGAUGAUGCCCGGGCGCCGGGGGGCGCUGCGCGAGCCGGGCGGCUGCGGAUCCUGCCUGGGGGUGGCGCUGGCCCUGCUGCUGCUGCUACUGCCCGCCUGCUGCCCCGUGCGGGCGCAGAACGACACGGAGCCCAUCGUGCUGGAGGGCAAGUGCCUGGUGGUGUGCGACUCCAGCCCGUCGGCGGACGGCGCCGUCACCUCCUCCCUGGGCAUCUCCGUGCGCUCCGGCAGCGCCAAGGUGGCCUUCUCCGCCACGCGGAGCACCAACCACGAGCCGUCCGAGAUGAGCAACCGCACCAUGACCAUCUAUUUCGACCAGGUAUUAGUAAAUAUUGGCAACCACUUUGAUCUUGCUUCCAGUAUAUUUGUAGCACCGAGAAAAGGGAUUUAUAGCUUCAGCUUCCACGUGGUCAAAGUGUAUAACAGACAAACCAUCCAGGUCAGUUUAAUGCAGAAUGGCUACCCAGUGAUCUCGGCCUUUGCAGGAGACCAGGAUGUCACCAGAGAAGCUGCUAGCAAUGGCGUGCUGCUGCUCAUGGAAAGGGAAGACAAAGUGCAUCUCAAACUUGAGAGAGGCAACCUCAUGGGGGGCUGGAAAUACUCCACAUUCUCGGGUUUCUUGGUGUUUCCUCUAUAAACACAGAGCCCCCUAGAUGGUGGGGGAAUGGAAUCUGGACCCGGGAAUCCGCCCUUUAAAACACCCUUAACUUGCUGGAAUUGGACACCUUGUUUCCAACCUCCACCAGACUGUUGCAGUAGAAGAAUGAUUUCCUUUGAAACCUCCAGUACUUUUGUUUUUGUUUUUUGGAAUACUGACAAUUCCUCGGGAACCUGGCCUCUAAUUAGUUUUAGAUGACAAGGUCUUAAGGAGAAAUGAAAUUAUCGAUUUGAGCAAUUUGUACCUGUGAUUGUAAAGUCAAUAUCGGAUUUUAUUGUUGGGACCAUGGACCUCUUUUGUUUGUAUGUUGUGUUGUUGUCCCAAUGGAAGGAGAGCUCCUGACUCCAGGAUGGGCUGCAGGUUGCAGUCAGGGCUUGAAGCAGGAGCCCGGCAAAGAACCACCUGCUGGACAGUCCUUGACAUGUGUUCUGUGUGUGUCUGUAUAGCCUUAAGAAAAAGAAUGGCUUCACUUUCGUUCUGUAUUCUUCCCCCCACCAUGUGGAUGGGAGGACUUGGGAGGGGGAUGGGGACAUUGUGAACCUGUCAAGAAGUGCUUUAUCCAGAGAAGCAAAUUUUGCACGAUUGGACUGCAACUUUUGUUUUGUAUUGUUUGUGUUUUUUCUUGAAAAGCUUUACUUUUCUUUCCACACUCAGCUCUCCCUCCUCAACCCCACUUUUAUUUUUCUUGCUGGGGUUGGGGAGAGAAAAUAUAUGUUGAAUUCCUGGAUAAGACCAAACAAAACAAAACAUUAAAAUACAUGUAUGUUUUGUUUUAGACGAGACCAAACUAAACAAAAAGUAUCUGUUUAUCAAAAUAAAAAUAACACAAUGGACAAUUCUGCUUAUUCUCUCAAAGAGAUUCUAAGAUGCACCUUUAGAACUAUUAAUAGCAACUUGCAUUUUUUUUUUUUAAUUUAUACUUCAGAAUCCUUUAAGAACCUGGUGUUCCUGAGUGGUCCUGAAUCGUAUAAGUUGGGAAUGGAAGCUGUAAUGACCAAGUCCCCUAAACAUACUGUUUCUUUGCCACGUGUGCUGUGACUUCUCAGCGGGUGAUUUAAUUUAUUUGGAUCCACCUCUGAGUGAGCGCACAGUGAUCAGGUGCUUCAAAGCCAACAGACCAGCUCCUCUUCCUCCGGAUCCUCUUUUGAUCUGCCCAGGAAAGGGAUGCAUUGACACUCUCCUGCAUGCACCUGGCGAGAAGCCACCUGGAAGUCACUGUGGUUAAAGAUAUUGGUGGAGGCACCCCAGGAGCACUGUUACAAAUCCUUCUUGUUUUGGCAUCUCGUACAACAACAUUAUUAAGACACAGCUGAGAGUUGAUGGGUGUGUAAUUCAUAUGCCAAGGAAAUGUCACUAAUCCCAAAGCAAUCAAAGAGGAGACCUCAAACCAGAUGUUAAUUUGUUCUUUGUGUAACAAUGUAACCAAAAUAUUGAUGAUGAAAGUCAUAAUUUAAGAUUCAGAAUAAAUGGGUUUGAUGUCUGGCUUGCUCUUAUCCUCCACUUCGUCUCCCAACUCACAAAAUGUGUGGAAGUAAAGGCCGACUGUCAAGGACCUGGGGAAGAUAAAUCUAUACAGUGCCUCUGUAAAAAAUGUACUCUCAAACACACAUGUACCGGUAUGUGCAGACCUGGCUGUGGGUCUGGAUGGAUAUUGUACACUUAGAUAUUUUUCAGUUUAUACAUAUGUAUUUUUUGAAAAGGAAGAUCUUUGGGGAGAUAUGUGAAAAAGACAGCUUAGGAAGGUUUUAGGGAUAGGCAGUCUGCUUUUAUCACAUGUCAUCUUUGAUGUGGUGCAAGUUCCAAUCCAGUAUUUUCAUCAGUGAACACUGAUAUAAAAGAAACUAGCAUUUUAAGAGCAUAAGUUGUUUCCAAAAAUGUGUGUGUGAGGAUGGAGAGGAAUUAGAUUCUAUUUUUGAAGAAGAAAUUCUGUGGGGAUUAUAUAAAUGACAAAAUGCAUAGUUUGACUAAGGGUCUAAGUUUUACUGUCCUCAGAUGAAGAGCAUAAUGGGAUGCAGAAUUUUAUUUGAAUUGAAAUGCUGGUGCAUUUUGUGAGGGAAAAAAAUCAAUAAAAGAGCAUUGGGGUACCUUGGCUCUGUGAUUAGGAGACAUACUUCUAAAUAAGAACAUUAUUUAUUAAGGCUGAUAACGUAACGAGAAGGAUGCUGGAAUAUGGUUUAUUGCUCUUGGUUAUUUUAUUCCUUUUUCCCUCAUUUCCUUAAACUUAUGUUCAAUUUCAAACAAACAGGAAACCUCGUCAGAGGACAAUAUAAUAUACCACAGAUUGAAGCAUAUACGAGUACUUGUUACUUUUGUCACUUCAUCAUAUAUAACACAUGUAUGUUUGUAUUUACACCUUUAUUACAUACAGGUUGUUAUGGGGCUAUCCUGUCUAAUAAAUAAGCUAUUAAGUAGACCUAAUUAAACAACAGUAUAUUUCAGGGGUUUAUUUUGUGUUAGAAAAAACGUGAUAUCCUGAUUAUUCUACUUUAGUUCUUCUUCUUCUUCUUCUCCUCCUUCUCCUUCUUCUUCUUUUUCUUCUUCUUCUUCUUCUUCUUCUUCUUCUUCUUCUUCUUCUUCUUCUUCUUCUUCUUCUUCUUCUUCUUCUUCUUUCUUCUUCUUCUUCUUCCUCCUCUUCUUCUUCUUCUUUUUUUUUUUUCGCUUGUGAUGGAUUCCAAUAUCUGCCUCAGGAAGGAGCCAUGCUGCUAGUGUCUCUAAAGUGGUUUCUCAUCCCCUGCAGCAUCUGCCAAGGUUCUCUUUGGCUGAGGAUCUAUGAGGCAUCUGAAGCUCCUGUAUUUUGUCUACAAAAAUAUAUAGGUCAGAUCAAAAUGUAAAAUAUGUACUUUUUUAAUUGGAAAAAAAGGAGAGGCCUCUGUAACAUCUGAAAGGCCAUCUGAGCCCUGUCUCGAGCUUGGGUUUUCUCAUCUGGGUGAGGGCAGUAGCCCCGCAAGGUCCCCCACCUUACAGGACAGCUGUGAGGACCGCACAGAAGUGCUUGGAAGGCUGGAAGGCACCAGGAUAACAUGGGACGUGUCCUUGGCAGGGAGGGUGUUUCUGCAAAAGCAUAUUUUUGACACGCAAUUUAUGAAGAAAUUUAAUAUGACUGACGGACAAUUUUAUGAAAGUAAAUAUCCAUAUUUCUCAAUAGACUAUUAAAACUGUAGCACUGGGUUAGAAUUUUGUCUCAUUUGAUUGUAGGGAUGAUGAUAAUAUCAAAAUCUAUAUGUUGUAAUAUUAACUCAAUUCUCAAUUAUGUUCUUUGGCUGUCCUGUGUGGUUCAAGUUCAGCUCUCUGCUUCCGUGUGGAAUGCCAACAUUUUAUAAACAUAUACAACUGUAACAUUUUUAACACAAAUAAAAAAUGAGGUAGUAAUGUUACCGCAUUAUAACAGUAAA